AUGCCAAAUGUCAAGAUUCAUGUGGGCUUGUUCAGCGACACGUUGCGCGAUCUGGACCAGUAUGGCGACACGCCAGUAGCGUUUGCCCACAUCGAUGUUGACAUCUUUCCAUCCGCAGUCGAGGUCCUCUCGAGGAUAGCCUGCCAGCUUUGGCCGGGCUCAGUGCUUGUCUAUGAUGAGUUGGUGAACUACAUCGGCUUCGAGCUGUCGGGGGAGUACCGCGCAUGGGAGUAUGUGGCCUCGGCGUACGGCAUAGGCCAGCGAAGCAUCUCCAUAUCACUUAGCAUUGGUUGGCGGGAAGAGGGUGGAGUGGAGCACCUGGUGAUGCGCUCCAUGUGUGCUGAGCUGAUCCGCGGACAGAUUGAUGAGGUGAGUGAGAUGGUCACGGUCACUUGGGUGAAGCCACGAAUCCUGGACCCUGUCCGCAUCGACUUGAUGCGUGAGCGAAUGGAUGCAUGGGCUUCGCAAACAGGACUGCUCCUGGAACACCUCGAGCAGGUAACGCCAGAGCUGCUGGUGUCUUGA